UGUGUGCUCUUGUCCCCUUUCAGCGCCUCCUUUCUCUUCUUCACGGCUGCCUUGUGGCACUGCGAGUGCCUGCCUGCCUGGCAAGUCAAAACAUGCUCCAGCCCCAGUGGACUAACAGCAGACGAUGGCAGAGCUGCUGGCAGUUGGGGAGGCUUUGGGGGAGGGCAGUCUGGUGACUGUGGCAGUCAAGGGCUGCCGCCUGGCAGGCAACAGGCUGAACCUAGAUGUGUACCCUGACGGCUGUCGCCAGUUCCUCGAGCUGUUUGAGAAACGAAGGGAAGACGUGGUCCGGGUGGAAUUUCUACGGCUGAACUGCAAUGAUGCCCUCAUAAACUCCACACUGGGCAGCCUUCCUGUACUGGAGAGCCUGCGGUCCUUGGUGCUGAAAGGAGGUCAUGCCAAGGAUGAAUUUGGUGCUUGUCUGCAAGGUUCCCUGACAACCUUAUCAGAAGAUUUUGGGAGUCUACGAUGUCUCGCUCAUCUGGAUCUCAGCUUUAAUAGCUUCUCUAGGUUGCCCAGUUGCAUCACUGACCUUACCAGCCUCCGUGAGCUCUUGGUGUGCCACAACAGCCUGGUGGGGCUGCCCGAAGACUUUGGCCGGCUCACUAAGCUGAUUUUCUUCUCUGCCAUGAAAAAUCAGCUCAGGGAUCUGCCACGGAGUAUCGGGGAACUGGCAGCGCUGCAAAGACUGGACCUGUCUGAGAACACCUUACAAUCACUUCCUGACGAGAUCGGGAGGCUGGGUAACUGCAUGGAGCUGGAUCUCUCAGGGAAUCAAUUGAUGGGCAUCCCUGACUCACUCGCCAAUUUGCGAUCUCUGCAGCAGCUGCGCCUUCACAGCAAUCUCCUGGUGACAGUCCCCGCAUCCCUCGCCAGCCUUCCCAACUUGUCCAGGCUUGACUUGCAGAACAACAGGCUACGCUCCAUCCCCCCCGAGAUCCAGAGCUCUCCCUUCGUGCACCUGCGGGGCAACCCUCUAGGAGAACCUGAGAUCCCCCUGCAAUCUGAUGAAUCCAGCUCAGAAGAGCUAGGAAGAGUGAUCCUUGGACCCAAGGAGGACAGCUUUACUGUGACCCCCGGAGGCUGCAAAGUCAUCCUGGCCUGCGGCGUCCGGUUUUACUUUCCCCCGGGUGCUGCCACCUCCUCAGUAACAAUCCAUUUCCAAACGCUCUCACCUGACCCACGCUGGGUGAAACUGAGGCACCAUGACAUCCUACUGAGUGAAGUGCUGGAGCUGCGGCCUCAUGGGGUUGAAUUCCAGCAGGAGGUGCAGAUCUGGAUGCCUUACACCUCCCCUCAGACGCUGUGUAAGCGAGAGGUGGUCGUGCGGACCUUCGACGGGCAGAGCUGGAGCGACCUGCAAACCAACGUGAAGCGGAGAGGCAAGCCAAAGAAGCACAUGGCUCGCUGUAGCGUCCCCCACUUCUCCUGGUUCCUGGUCGUGUCUCGUCUUGUGGAGAAUGAAUGCAGUGUGCCAUUAGAGGGGACCUUGCUCUUUUCCACUGUGGAUCCAAACAUCAAAGUGACCUUCCCUCCUGGAGUCACAGAGGAGACUCGGAGUGUGAGAUUGCAGGUGUUGCCAGUGUCGGCAGAGGAGCUAGAGGAAAUCACAGAUGAUCCAGAGUCCAGAGCAAGUCCCUUGCUCUGCCUCUCCCAGAAUUCCACUUUGGAUUUCCUCCGGCCAGUUAAAAUUCAGCUCCCACUACCUCCAGGGGUCACAGGUCUCACCCUAGAUCGCUCUAGGCUGCAUCUUCUUCAUGGCGACCUGCAAGCCCAAACCUGGGACGACAUCACCAAUCAGGUGGUCCUGGAGUUCACCCACCUCUAUGCGCUGUUUGAAGUCACCCACUUCUCCUGGUAUUGGCUGUGGUACACCACCAAGGCCUACAUCGGCGGCAUUGCCAGGAAAGUGUACAAGAGGCUGCGCAUGUACCAGGUGAACUUCAUAGCGCUGCAGAGGAAGAUAGACCCUGAGCAAGUCUUACUGCAGUGUGUCCCCAAGCACAAGGUUGAUCCUGUUCUGGGAAAGCUUCAUGACCGCUACCAGGGACCAGAGCCAUCUGAUAUUGUGGAGAUGUUCGAGGGAGAGCAGUUCUUUGCAGCCUUCGAGCGAGGCAUCAGCAUUGAUGCUGACCGCCCAGACUGUGUGGACGGACGGAUCUCAUUCAUCUUUUACUCACACUUGAAGAACAUGAAGGAAAUCUAUGUGACCUCUGAAGUAGACCGGAAAGGCCAAGCUGUGAAAGGGCAAGUCUCCUUCUAUCGCGGCGAAGUUCCAGACCAUGUACCUGAAGAUGCCACCAAGAAGAGGAAAGGGCCUGACUCCCACUGGCUGGCCACUCUGCCCAUCAAAUUGCCUAAACUGAAAUCCCACGGGGGUGAGCAUGCAGACCCCAAGAACGGCUUCUCCUUCCCUCCUCUGAACCUGGGGAAUGCUGAGACCGGCUACCUGACACAAGCUAAUCUACUUGGCAUCGCUGGGCGCAUUGGCCUGAACCUGGGGCUGACCUAUCAGCAGCUCCAACGAAUAGGAUGCAACCACAGCCAGGACCUGGACGGGCAGAUCCUGAACAUGCUCUUCUCCUGGGCCCAGCAAAACUCUGAGGACCAAAACUGUGUGGAGAAGCUGAUCACCGCCAUGAAGGAGAGCGGCCGCCAGGACAUUGCAGACGAGAUUGAGACGAUCAUCAAGCUGGGAAGGCAGAAAUACAGGGCAUCCAUCCGCCGGGUGGGACUGGACCAGGAGAGCAGCACCGAAGACUCCGCAAUAGGCAUGGUGUAGCAGAGUUCCGCUUCUCGCUGCGGUGUUCCAUUUCCUGUGCACUAGAUGGCAAGGCUGCAUGGGGAUGCCCAGCUGAUCCACAUGCUUCCAUGGGAGUGGGGUGGCACCAGCUGGAUUGUGAUCCUCUCCGACUAUCCCACUGCGCUCUGCGAAGAGUAUGCUAGUGUGUGACUUCUGUUAAGUCCGUGCAUGCCAACUUCUCAAUGUAUUCAAAGCUAUGGGAAAAGCUGGUGAGUUCUGAGUUUGGCCUCUCUGGCUAUAGCUUUUAGGGGCUUGGACAAACUCAGAGCAGGUAAAAAACGGAUAAACCUACAUUUUAACAAUGUUCCUGAAAUAGAUAUUUAUCUAUAAGCUUUUUAAUGCCUAAACCUACAUUCUGCUAAUGAUUUGGGAUCUGAACAUUCCUCAUCUCAUCUCUUCCUGCAGCAUUUCUGUAGGGACAGAUUCAUUUGUCUUCUGGUGGUUGAUGUAAAACUUAGUGGGAGAAUCCGACUGUACAAGUCUGUGCUGUGACCUCUCAGAUCUCCAAGCAAAGGUUGGGUCAGUCGUUGGAUGGGGACCUCCAGCUAUCUAUUUUAGGGUACCUCUGUGAUCCCCUAUACCAUAAUGUUUGAGCACGUCACAGUCCUUCAAGUAGGACAUUUUAGAAACAUUUUAAUUUCCCCUAUAUUUCCUCUGAAAACAGUUUUAUGUUUUUCCUUCCAAAACCAAACACACACGCACAUCCAAACCCUAAAAAAAUUGGUUUUUGGCAGGAGGGGAAUUUUGGUGUUUGGCAGAAUUUUUCCAGUCUUACCAAAUCUUUGUUUUUGUUCAAAAAGCCAUUUUGCAAUUUUUUUUAAAGUUGUGUUUCCCCUCCCGUCAUCUGUGGCACAAAAGGUCUUUUGGGCAAGUCAUAGGACCUGGCCGCUCUGGGCUGUUCAUUCCAUUUUACUUUCUGCAAUAAAUGAAGAGGCUGGAUCCACUGUCCUGGUCAAAUGCCCAUUUGGAAUCGAAGUUACUCCUUGCCUAUUUAAAGUUCCGCAGCAGUUUCAGGUAGUAUUCACUUCCUUUCUGAAACUCUUUGUGCAGUGUGAAGCUGCAAUAGGGAAGCGCAGGUGAGGUUCAGCUGAGAGGUCACAGCACUCCUUCCUGGGUGUGCUUUUCAAAGCACAGUGGGAUAAAAUUGCUAAUCAGGUCAGAGCCAUUGUGGGACCUGAAGAGAAUGGUGCUGACAUUACCUUUAACCUUCCUAAUCUAAGAAUCCUGCAAGAGACUGUAAAUGAGAAUUCCCUAUUGACUCCCCCUGCUCUCUAACCCAUCUCCUAAUGCACUUGAACUAAGGACAAUUGGAGCCUUUUCAUGGGCUCCCAACAGCUACUGAAAUCCUCCAUACAAGAGGGGUGCUCCUUAGGAGACUAACUUGAAUGGCAUAUAUUGAAUCCUGGGAGCAAUACUUGAAGAUAUAUCACCACUUCAAAAAUCACAUUUCUGUUUAAAAAUCUUAUACCUACUAUGAUGAUUGCAGCUGAAAUAAGUUAGCAGAAACAACAAUUUCUCUGUCCUCCCCCAAGCCAUUCAUGCAUCAUCACUUUCCCUGGUUCCACCUCAAGAUGCUUUUGAUUUGCUGAGAACUCAAGUAUUAACAAGGAAGCAGGAAAAUCCUUAACCUUUUCUUGAAGGAUUUUUUUUUUUUUUUUAAAUCUCAGGACAUGAAAUGUAUUGAGUGCUUAAGGUUAAACACUAACUGGUGGGAAUUAGGAAGGAACUUCCCCUUUGGUGAAGUUAUUCCCCAAUUGUCCCCUUGGGUUUCUUGUAUCUUUUUUUUUUCUGAAGUAGCUUAUAGUAGCCAAUGUCGGAGACAGAAUGGUGGGCUAGGUAGACCAGUGGCUUCAUAUGAUAUGGUCAAUGCUACAUUUAUUCUACAGAAACUGCAAUGUUGCUGUUGUUUGGUGGCGGUUGUAUUAAGUAGCAGUUGGGUCCCAGUUGAGACCAUGCAAGGCACAAACUUCUAAGAAGAGAUUAUAGUCUAAACAGUCAAGAAGUGGGGCAGGAAACAGACUUGGAGAGAGGCAGUGAUUUGCCCAAGGUCACAUAGCUGAUCAGUGGCAGAGAUGGGGCUAGACCCCCCCCAGGGUCUCAAUGCCCAGCCUCAUGCCCUGCCUGCUAGAGAAGACUGCCUGACUGCAAGUUUUCCGUAGUUUAGCUGAAGUUUACAGUGCUGCUUAAAACCACUUAUUUCUUUGAGCAGUGUCCCUCUGGGUGCUCUGUUUCAGGUGUGUGUGUGCCUGUCAAACCCUUGAUUGGCCAUACAGGGGGGUGCGUGAACUGUCCUCGGUUCUUUCUCAUGGGCCUUGGCCUGAGAGAGCGCCCUCCCAGGCCCGCCUUGAGCUUGCCUUGGUUCUUCUAUCUUAACCACUAUAGAAAUGCCAGUUGUUAGUAG